AUGACGAUACUUUUGUACGACUACUACGAUUUGGAGGAGAAGUCCUCCAGUCAACUUAAUGUGUGGAAAGCAUGGCACAUAAUACUGUACGUUUGUGCAGCCGUCUUCGGCAUCACCAACUAUGUGUUCCUACAGAACACGAUGCAGUUGGUGGACAACAACUGCGUGUUAUUCCCGCGCAAACUGGAGUUCCACACGGUAGAACUGAAAGCUCAAAAUUUAAGUGAAAUACGUGACUUUAAGAAUGUAACUGACGAUGCUCAAGGUAACACGACCGUCCUCAACUCUGAUGAUAAUGGAAAAGUUAAAAGAGAAACAAAUGAUAAUGAAACUACAACUGAAGUUCCAACAUUGGAUGGCGAGACUUUCCUCACCGAAAAUAAAACGCAUCGCCUAGCGUUGGAUACGACGAGGACUUUGUUCGAAUCUAAUGGAGACUGUCAGUUUGCUGAGUUUAUGCCCUUGAUGUCCAUGAUAUUCGCUGCAGUAUGGAUCACUAUGUUUACCAUGUGUCCGAGGGGAGGACGAGCCAGGACUGGGCUCCAGCAACCAUGGAGGAUCCUCACUCCAGCGCUUCUGUUCGCGCUGGUGAUGGUAGGAGUUACUGGCCACAGUUUCGCUUUAACCAACAGAGGUAUGCACGCCUUUUGUGCAGCAUUCUACGAGGUCACUAAUUCUACUACUUGCUCAUCAGUAGAUCCUUUCUUGGAACUGGGGUGGAACUCUACGUGGGGGUUCGGUGCGCGGGUGGCAGCUACCCGAGGGGCAUGCGCAGGAGUGCUGGCCAGCUGGGCCUGCGCCGCUGCACUCCUCCUGGCACGAUGUCUUACUGCACAAGACUUUGUGUUACGACGCACUGAUGUCUACCUAGCUAAAGACCCACAGCAGAAAGUCAUCCCCCACCUAUUGAAGACUCAGAAAUAUCAUCAACGGUCUAACCAGAGCUCGCCGAGUAAACGUGACAACGCAUCGGUUCGGUCUGAGCCGACGGUGACCACGGAAUUGGUGACAGCCUCCGUGGAGCAGGGCCAGGACACCGCCCCUACCUCACUCACAGUCACACCAGUCAGAUCACCACGCACCACCGAAGAAAUCGAGAUGACAUAUACGUCACAAGAACGCGCACACAAUCAGUAG